AUGAAAUUCUCGCUUUUCCCUCUCACGACAGUCGUGGCUCUCGCCCUGUUCGUCGCCCCAGCCCUUGCCGGCAGCGUGUGGUGCAACGGGCACUGGAAAGAGAACGGUCUUAUGCGCGUCUCCUUCACAUUUAGGGACGUCUGUGAAGAGGAGUGGGGCCGGUGUUUCAUGAGGGCAUUCCGCGGGAGGACCCAUGUGAUCGAUGACAACUGGCAAUGUUGGCAGCUUCCGGACGGUCGCUGGCAGGUCGACAUCAACGUCCCCAGAGGUUUCGGUAACGUUGCCAAUGCGGCCAUUGAGGAUGUCACGGGGUUGUCGCCCAGAUGCGACUGGCCGACAGACUGGUAUGACUUUUAA